UCUCGCCAUUUGCUUUCGCGGGCGCCUCCGCCAAUUCCUCUCCGCCGCUUCUUCCUCCCAUCCCAGCCUCCCUCCCUCCGCCCUCACUCCUUUUCUGCGUCGUCUGAUUCUCCCCGCGCCCGAUUUUUCCAUUUCUUCCCCUUUUCCUGUUGAGUUCUUGGGGAACACCGACAAGAGAUUUUCUUUGUUUUUUUGCGUCUCCUGGGCGAUCCCGGUCACGGAGGCGGCAGAUUUCCUCGGGUUCGACCUCUGCUUUCUGUUGUUGCUGCCGCCGCCGGUGCCGGCUGCUUCUGUCCUGGGCGCUCCGAGCGCACCAGGCCGCCAAGGGGAACCGGAGAUUUGAGCUCUGGGCCCGGCUCAUGGCGUCUCUGGCGCUGGUCGAGACGCUUCUUCGUUGGGCUUCGGUUGCACGCAAAUCGUGGUAUCCGUAUGGAGAGUUCUAGAACGAGGUGGAGAGUUCUGGACCUCUGGUAGCUCGCUGUACUCAUUUACGGAAAGGGAUGGAUUAGACUCAUCUGGGUUGCCAAUUGACAAAAGGCGGCCGUUGGAUGCUGCCAAAUCUCCUCUGAUGGAUGAUGCAAUGCAACCAAAGGAGGGGAUGGAUGGGUACCCUGUCAAGGUUCGGAAGCCUUACACCAUCACAAAGCAGAGGGAGAAGUGGACGGAAGAAGAGCAUGAGAAGUUCCUGGAGGCACUAAAGCUUUAUGGUCGGUCUUGGCGCCAGAUACAAGAACACAUUGGCACAAAGACUGCUGUCCAGAUUCGGAGCCAUGCUCAGAAGUUUUUCUCCAAGGUGGUGCGUGAGCCUGGUGCAAGUAACAUAAUCGAGAUUCCACCCCCAAGGCCAAAGAGAAAACCACUGCAUCCAUACCCUCGCAAGUGUGCUGAUUCCAGCACCAUGGCAAAUCCUGCAAUGGGCCAGCCAAAGCUUGCCUCCAUUUCAUCGUCAUCUGGUUCUGACCAAGAGAAUGGUUCACCUGUGUCUGUGCUGUCUGCGAUGCAGUCGGAUGCUUUUGGGUCAUCUGUAUCCAAUCCAUCAACAGGGUGUACAUCCCCUGCAUCAUCGGAUGAUGGGAAUAAUGUCCCUUCCUUUGUGAAUGAGGAAAAUUUACUUACUCAGCAAAUCGAGGAUGAUCAGUCUGGUCAGGAAAUAAAGCUGGACAACAGCGAUGGUGACUUAUCUGAAGAGGAUUCAUCAUCAGGAGUGCAAGAAACAAGUUUGAAGCUGUUCGGGAAGACAGUUAUCAUUCCAGACACAAAGAAAGUAUGUUCCUCGGAUGGGGGAUGUGGAGAUGGUGAAAAAAGAUCUCAAUCUUCUAAGCAAGAAACGUCGCAGGCAUCCUCAAUUGGAGGGAUCGCAGCAUACCCUGCCCAUAAUGGAUGGCUGCUUCCUUACCAUUCUUUUCAGUUUCAUAUGGGCGAGUCUGGGGAUGCUAAGAUUUCCCCUCUUCAUGUAUGGUGGCCUUACUAUGGUUUUCCAGUCAGCGAUCCAAGAGGAUUUGGUAUGGGGCAUAUCGAAGGUACCUGUGAGAGUGAUACCGACAAUAAGAGCCCUUCGGUUGAAUCCAGUUCAGACUGCUUGAGCUAUGUUCAGACAACGGCGCCUACCAACUGCAAAGUUGUCAAGGAGUCACUAGGAGGAGCAAUUCAGGUGUCGGAGCCAGCUCUAAGUUUUGAGCUGAAACCGAGCGCGAAUUCAGCCUUCGUAAGAGUGAAGCCCGGAAGCAACAGAGGUCAAUCUGUAAGAGGAUUUGUGCCAUAUAAAAGGUGUAAAGUCGAAUAACCCAGCCAGAUAUUUCUCUGCAGCUAAUUUAACUGAGAUCAAUUAAUUCUGAACAGUAGAGAGCAGCUGCGCACGUUCUUGUUCCUGCGUAGGGUGCGCACCUAUGUAGCACCGAUACGGAUAGGCGUAUCAAUAUCAGCCCAUACGGAUACGUGGAUACGUCAAAUUUCUGCAAAACUUAAAGGCACAAAGGUGUAUCGGAGUAUCGGAUACGGAUACGCGGAUAUGUAUCGGAUACGUGAUACGGGGUCAUGUUGAAGUAUCGGGGUUACAGAGGUGCGCACCAUUUUUUACUUGCAGAGAGGCAGAGACUGGCCAUGUAUGUGUAUCAUUGUUUCCUGCCUGCAGCUUAAUGUAAGAUGCUGCAGGCAGUUGCCGUUACUUAAGGUAGACUGAAGAAAGGCCGAUCUCUUGCCUGUUAUGUUGUUGUAUAAGGAAACCAGAUUUUGUUUGUUGAACUCUUGUUCAAAGUUAAUUGCUAAUGGAAACUGAUGAUUUAUGGAUGGACA